AAGUUUUCGGUGGAUUUGUGUCUUUGCUGCUGGUGCUUUCGAAGCGUGAGAAAAAGACAUUGGCGAACUCGCCCUGAAAUAUCCUGAAAUACCACAAAACCUCAACUCCAGUCAGCAGGGAAACGGUUCAAAACACAGAAAAGGUUUUAUCUGAACACUGACUGGACACACACACAUACAUACACACAAGAACACAUAUAUAUAUAUAUACACGUAGAGACACACACCCACUCAAACACACUGUGGUGAUGUCUGAGGAGGACGGGUGUGUGUCGGUGUGGGAGUGGCUGUGUGUGCUGCAUCUGGACCAGUAUUUCCCAGUGUUCCAGGACGCGGGGUUUGGAACGCUGUUGGAAUGCCAAGGGCUGACCCAGGAUCAGCUGGAGACGAUUGGAAUCACAUUGCCUGGACACCGCAAACGCAUCCUAGCCAGCCUGCAAAAAACACUCCACACAAACACUCACACACAGCCAGAGAGUGAGCCCGACGCUCUACACGCACACCUGGCUGCAGAGGGAGACCAGAGAGAGGAAGAGAGAGCAGUGUUCACAGACAGACCCAGCCCUGUGGGGAGUAAGAGACCAGUCCCUGCACAGAGACCAGUGUCCAGAGGAGAGAGACCAGUCCCUGCACAGAGACCAUUCCCUAGAGGAGAGAGACCAGUCCCUGCACAGAAACCAGUCCCUAAGGAGAGAUCAGUGUCCAGGGAAGGAGAGAGGGAUGGAGAGAGACCAGUCCCUGCACAGAGACCAGUCCCUAAGGAGAGAACUAAGUACCGCUCUGUCCCUGUGGAGACAUUGGACUGUGUCCAGACUUACCCUCGUCCCAACACUAGCCCCUGCCCUACCACCCCCCAUUCUAGUGCCCAGGACUCCCCUUUACCCCCCAUCCCACCUCGCAGCACUCCAAACUGCCCCCCACUACGCUUCAUCCCCACCUCCCCGAAAAACUCUCCCACGGCACCCAAACCCAGAUCUGAACAUAACAACUUAAACACCCCAAUCACUGUACCUCCUCCUAGCCUUACCACCAAUCCCCUCACCUUACCCUCCCCCAGGCCCUGUCCUGCACCUCUGGCUAUCUACCCACCAGCCAGACACUCCCAGCAGGUGUGGGAGGGAGGAAGAAAGCCCUCCCCUGGUUCCCCCUCAUCCUCCUCUUCCUCCUCAUUUGAAAAAUAUGACCAGUCAUCAUCUGAUCAAGGCGUGCCUCCCCUCCCCCCUAAAGUCUAUGUGGUGGGGGCGGGCCCUAAAGAGCCUCAUAGUCCUGCUCCAAUCCCACAUCGACCUCCUGUCUUGCCCUCCAGAACCACACCCACACAGAGUGAUGCUCCCGUCGAUGAGCCGCACACGGACCGAACUCCACCACCCCCGCCUCGGACCAAGGUACUCAAUACACCAGUCGACACGCAGCCUGCUCUGCCCAUGAGAAGGAUCCCCCAGCCACGGCCUGAAAUCAGGUCAGGUGACAGUUCAGAUGACUAUGAAGAUCCAGACCAAGUCUUCCCCAAGCCCCAGGCUGUGAACCUGGCAGAAGAUCCAGACCAAAUCUACUCCAAGCCCCAGGCUGUGAACCUGGCAGAAGAUCCAGACCAAAUCUACUCCAAGCUCCAGUCUGUGAACAUGGCAGACAGAGAUGUGUUCCUGCCAGUGCCGGGGUGGGGGAAGGGACGGUACAACUCUCUCUGCAGCGACGAUGAACUAUUGGAUGAUGACAAUGAGCCAAUCAGCAGCCAUCGGAGCUCAUGGCAGGACUAUGGUCUGAGUACGCUCCAGGGUAGUGUCUACCUGCCGGUCAGAGGCAGGGUCCUUGCCCCGCCCCCUAGAGAUGGCCCCUCCCCUGAACCCUGCACUGUUCUAAAGAUUGGCUGGCUGGAUAAGAACCCAACCCAGGGGUCUCUGUACUACCAGAGGAGAUGGGUGAAGCUGGAUGUUGACUACCUGAGAUACUUUGACAACGACAAGGAGGUAUACUCUAAGAGGAUCAUACCAACGGCUGCCAUUACGGGGGUGACCAACGUGGGGGAGCAGAAGUUUGAGGUGGCCACAGCCAACCGAAACUUUCUCUUCAAAGCCGAGAGCGACUCUGAGAGGAAUGAGUGGGUGGCAGUGCUGCAGAACUUCACUAGGGGGCACCAGGAAGGCAGCAGGGAGAUGACCUCAUUGGUCCCGCCCUCCUUUCUGACCCCUGGUUCACCCCUGACCCCUGAACAGCAGGGCUACCUGGAGCUGAGGGGCCUGCGCUCCAAACUCUACACAGUCGUCUCCGGAGACAAGGUCUUCCUCUACAAGAACAUGGAGGACUACCGCCUUGGCAUCGGUAUCACGUCUAUCGACAUGAAUGUAGGAAACGUGAAAGUCACUGACCGCCGCAGUUUUGAUUUGACCACACCCUACCGCAUCUUCAGUUUUCUAGCGGAUUCGGAACAACAUAAGGAGCAGUGGGUAGAAGCAAUGCGUGAUGCAAUUGGAGAAGCUCUGUCCAAUAGCGAGGUGGCUAAUCAAAUCUGGGCGGAGCCUAGCAACGGUUGCUGUGCCGACUGUGGCGCCGCCAAACCUGAGUGGGCUGCCAUCAACCUGUGUGUGGUGGUCUGCAAACGCUGUGCAGGAGAGCAUCGGGGUUUGGGCCCCAGCAUCUCUAAGGUGCGCAGUCUGAAGAUGGACAGGAAGGUGUGGACAGAGGAGCUUAUACAGGUGUUCCUGUUGCUAGGAAACGAGCGUCUGAACAGGUUCUGGGCGGCGAACAUCCCUCCCAGCGAGGCGCUGAGUCCGACCAGCUGCAGCGAAGACCGCCGACGAUUCAUCAGCUCCAAAUACAGACAGGGCAAAUACCGCAAAUAUCACCCCCUCUACGGCAACCAGAGAGAGCUCAACAACGCCCUGUGUAUAAACGUGCAGUGCAGUGAUGUGCUGGAAACGUUGUGUCUGGUGUUCUGUGGAGCUGAUGUGAACUGUUCUACUGGCCAGACUGACUGUCCCUCCCCCCUCUCCCUGGCACUCGCACACAACCAGAAACUACAGGCCCAGUUCCUCUCUCACAACCUCAACUCAGAGCUGCCUCAUUCGGAGGUGACUGGGGACAUGGAGCCUCAACACUAUUCACCACAGCACCCAGUCAUUCACAAUGGCUUCCUUUUCAAGACCGCCUCCAUGGUCCGGCCUAUUACGGAGCGCAAGGCCAGGGAGGAGUUCAGUCGUCGCUGGUGUAUGUUAAAUGAUGGGAACUUUAGUUACUAUGAGAGUGACAAGACCUCCACGCCCAACGGUGCCCUGAAGUCUACAGAGAUAGUCUGUCUGUCUGUCAACACACCAGAGAGACAUGGCUAUGACCAUACGUUUGAGCUGUACUCUGACUCAGAGCGUCUCUAUCUGUUUGGAACUGACGACCAAGACAGCCACAAGGAGUGGGUCAAAUCCAUCACCAAGAUGUUUAUUCCGUCCAAUGCAGAGGCUCUGUUGAGACUGAGCUUUGAGCGGAUUGGCCGGCUGAAGUACAAGGACGGGUUGAACCUACAGAGCCCUCGGGUUGGCUGGUUUGCGCUGGUUGGCUCCUCCCUCCAUGCCUACCUGGAGGACAGUGAGGAAGAGGAGGAGAUACACCUACGCAAACUACAGGAGCUCUCGAUCCAGCAGGAGAAUGAGGUGCUGGUUCUGGUGGAGAGAGGCAGGACACUGUACAUCGAGGGGGAGAGGAAGCUUGACUUCCAGGGUUGGUGUGUGGGCAUCCAGAAAGCAGCAGGCAGUGCAGGAGACUCUCUUAGUCAGCAGCAACUAACUGAGGCCGACAUCCCUGUUAUAGUGGACCGCUGCAUUGACUAUAUCACACAGUGCGGUCUGACGUCUGAGGGUAUCUACCGUAAGAGCGGGGGGAACAGUCGCGUGGCGGCGCUGUGCGAGGCGUUUCGGCGUGAUGCCCGUAAUGUGCGUCUGAAGGAGGAGGAGCACCAGGUGGACGACGUGUCUAACACACUGAAACGCUUCUUCAGAGAGUCUGGAGAGGGCCUGUUCACCAAACAAGCUGCUAGCGCAUGGCUCAGCACACCUGUGAUCCCAGAGGAGAGCAAGAAGAUCUCUCAGUACCAGCUGCUGCUGAGCCGCCUGCCCAAAGUCAACAAGGCCACGCUACGAGCCCUGGUCAACCACCUCUACUGUGUGCAGCGGUUUGCAGAGCUGAACCAGAUGAAUCUCCAUAACCUGGCUAUAGUAUUUGGCCCAACACUGUUCCAGAGCGACGGGAAGGACUUCACAGCUGGCCGCGUCGUAGAGGAACUCAUAGAGCACUACACUGACGUCUUUGAGGUGGAUGAGCAGCAGCUGAAAAGGCAGCUGGAUGAGAUCACGGUCAUCAUUAAAGUUAGAGAGAAGUUGAACCUCAACUCCAGUGUUCCUGCGUCGGGGUCAGCAGGUGACUUCAUCUGUACAGUGUACCUGGAGGAGAAGAAGGAGACUGCAGAGCAGCAUGUCAAGAUCCCUGGUUCUAUGACGGCCGCAGAGCUGACCUGUGAGAUUCUGGACCGGCGGAAGAUCCAGGUCAGAGAAAAAGACUACUGGAGCUGCUGGGAGGUCAGCCAGAAGGAGGAGACCGAGCGUCCGUUGCAUCAUCUGGAGCGUGUGUUACCCAUCCUACACUCUCUGGGUACCGACUCCCACCUGCUGGUCAAAAAGAACCUGGCCAUGGAGGCCAUACUGGUCUACCUGGCCAGUAAAGUGGAUGUGUCCAAGCACGGGAUGGUGAAGUUCCGGGAGGAGAGGAGCAUUCUGGGAUUGGGACUGAACACCGGCAGCUUCCACGACCGCUACUUCAUCCUAAACACUGUCUCACUCAGGAUGUACAAGGAAGUGCGGAGUAAUCGUUCAGAGAGGGAAUGGCAGGUGAAGAAUCUGAGGGUCUAUCUAGGCAUCAAGAAGAAACUACGACCACCCACCUGUUGGGGUCUGACUGUGAUCUAUAAAAGUGAAAAACAGGAGAAGCCAGAGAAGCAGCAAUGGUGAGUCCCUGAAUGUGUGUCCUCUGUCUGUGUAUGCUAUGCAGUAUGUCCAGUAUAUCUGGAGGCCUACUGAGCUACACACACCAGGGAAUAGGGGUCUGCAAUGGGAGAUCUUUUACAGACGAGAAGAACUCAAAAUCCACUUUUUAUUCUGGCUUUGACUAAUCCUGUAAAAACACACAUUACAUCCUGACCAUAUCCCAUGUCUAUAUUGUGUUUCCUACUCAUCUUAGCUUGUCCCAAAAUAAAAUGUAACAGUUGUUUCUGUUCUGCUGCUUACUGUAUUGAAACCCCCAAAUAAAAAACUGUGUUAUGGAAAAUCUCCCCUACAGCUGUAAACAAAGACUCCAGUAUUUCAAAGAGAGGCUUUAUCCUCUCACAAUCCAUAAAACUGUGGAAAUCGUUUCGCUUAUAUUACAAAAAGGACAUCAAUCUCCAACAUCUGAAUGAAUAACAGAUACAACACCCUCCAUUACAUAUCACCAGUCCCCUUUAGUAACUGUGGCUUGUACAGUGUUCUCCAUGCUGGCUUCACCUUGUCAUCAACACCCUCCAUUACAUAUCACCAGUCCCCUUUAGUAACGGUGGCUUGUACAGUGUUCUCCAUGAUGGCUUCACCUUGUCAUCAACACCCUCCAUUACAUAUCACCAGUCCCCUUUAGUAACGGUGGCUUGUACAGUGCUCUCCAUGAUGGCUUCACCUUGUCAUCAAGGCCCCCCAUUACAUAUCACCAGUCCCCUUUAGUAACGGUGGCUUGUACAGUGCUCUCCAUGAUGGCUUCACCUUGUCAUCAAGGCCCUCCAUUACAUAUCACCAGUCCCCUUUAGUAACGGUGGCUUGUACAGUGCUCUCCAUGAUGGCUUCACCUUGUCAUCAACACCCCCCAUUACAUAUCACCAGUCCCCUUUAGUAACGGUGGCUUGUACAGUGUUCUCCAUGAUGGCUUCACCUUGUCAUCAACACCCCCCAUUACAUAUCACCAGUCCCCUUUAGUAACGGUGGCUUGUACAGUGUUCUCCAUGAUGGCUUCACCUUGUCAUCAACACCCUCCAUUACAUAUCACCAGUCCCCUUUAGUAACGGUGGCUUGUACAGUGUUCUCCAUGCUGGCUUCACCUUGUCAUCAACACCCUCCAUUACAUAUCACCAGUCCCCUUUAGUAACGGUGGCUUGUACAGUGUUCUCCAUGAUGGCUUCACCUUGUCAUCAACACCCUCCAUUACAUUUCACCAGUCCCCUUUAGUAACGGUGGCUUGUACAGUGCUCUCCAUGAUGGCUUCACCUUGUCAUCAACACCCCCCAUUACAUAUCACCAGUCCCCUUUAGUAACGGUGGCUUGUACAGUGUUCUCCAUGAUGGCUUCACCUUGUCAUCAACACCCCCCAUUACAUAUCACCAGUCCCCUUUAGUAACGGUGGCUUGUACAGUGUUCUCCAUGAUGGCUUCACCUUGUCAUCAACACCCCCCAUUACAUAUCACCAGUCCCCUUUAGUAACGGUGGCUUGUACAGUGUUCUCCAUGAUGGCUUCACCUUGUCAUCAACACCCCCCAUUACAUAUCACCAGUCCCCUUUAGUAACGGUGGCUUGUACAGUGUUCUCCAUGAUGGCUUCACCUUGUCAUCAAGGCCCCCCAUUACAUAUCACCAGUCCCCUUUAGUAACGGUGGCUUGUACAGUGUUCUCCAUGAUGGCUUCACCUUGUCAUCAACACCCCCCAUUACAUAUCACCAGUCCCCUUUAGUAACGGUGGCUUGUACAGUGUUCUCCAUGAUGGCUUCACCUUGUCAUCAACACCCCCCAUUACAUAUCACCAGUCCCCUUUAGUAACGGUGGCUUGUACAGUGUUCUCCAUGCUGGCUUCACCUUGUCAUCAAGGCCCAGUUUUACCCUCCAAGGAGUGUCUUUUCUAAUUUUAAAUGUAUCUUUAUUUAAUACCUUGAAACACCCCCUAUAUAACUCCUUCCCAUUCACACAUCACAUCCAAACCCACCUCUUCCAACCCUCUCAAAUCCACUAAUAACACCUUUUCGGCCAACUCUGGGAUAUUGGAUGUAAUCCCUAGUCUGGGAUAUUGGAUGUAAUCCCUAGUCUGGGAUAUUGGAUGUAAUCCCUAGUCUGGGAAAUGGGGCGUAAUCCCUAGUCUGGGAAAUGGGGCGUAAUCCCUAGUCUGGGAAAUGGGGCGUAAUCCCUAGUCUGGGAAAUGGGGCGUAAUCCCUAGUCUGGGAAAUGGGGCGUAAUCCCUAGUCUGGGAUAAAUGGGGCGUUAAUCCCUAGUCUGGGAAAUGGGGUGUUAAUCCCUAGUCUGGGAAAUGGGGCGUAAUCCCUAAUCUGGGAAAUGGGGCGUAAUCCGUAGUCUGGGAAAUGGGGCAUAAUCCCUAGUCUGGGAAAUGGGGCGUAAUCCCUAAUCUGGGAAAUGGGGCGUAAUCCGUAGUCUGGGAAAUGGGGCGUAAUCCCUAAUCUGGGAAAUGGGGCGUAAUCCGUAGUCUGGGAAAUGGGGCGUAAUCCGUAGUCUGGGAAAUGGGGCGUAAUCCCUAGUCUGGGAAAUGGGACGUUAAAUCCCUAGUCUGGGAAAUGGGGUGUCUUCAUCUGGUGCCUUUUUCUUGUAACUCUUGAGCAUAAUCCACUCUUCUCCUGACACAAAGCACUUUUUGGAACCCAAUGAUGUUUAUCCCAAAAUAAAUCUACAAUAAUUUCCUGUAUCUUGGCCAGAAGGCCAGACGGUGGCUCUAAACAUGACAACCGAUGUCACAGUGCACAAUGCAACCACAUUGUUAACCAUAAUAGUGGCCUCCUGUAUGACAUAUGAGCUAACAACCAUCAGAAUCAGAGAAAUGUUUUCCCCUAUCUGCCUGCAGAGAACACAGUAGGACUGGUCCGUGUGUAUGAUUUUGCCCCAUCACCUCCCUCAGCCUGUUGGAUAAAGCCUUGGAUAGGAUCUUCUAAUCAGUGCACAUUAAGGCCAUCGGCCUCUAGUUCUUCACCUCCUUAGGGUCACUCUUUGUUGGCAGUAGGAUGAGGACAGCCCUUCUGCAGUUUAUUGGUAGUAACCCUCCGGUCAAACUAUCGUUAACUACUGCUAGCCAAUCCUCUCCCAACAAAAAGACUUCAAAAACAGGAAGCCCAUCAAUACCCAGUGCCCUUCCAUUUUCCAUGCCUUUUAAUGCAGUGGAAAGCUCCUGCAAAGACGAUGGUUGAUCUAGUUCAACCUGAGCUUCUGCAAAGACGAUGGUUGAUCUAGUUCAACCUGAGCUUCUGCAAAGACGAUGGUUGAUCUAGUUCAACCUGAGCUUCUGCAAAGACGAUGGUUGAUCUAGUUCAACCUGAGCUUCUGCAAAGACGAUGGUUGAUCUAGUUCAACCUGAGCUUCUGCAAAGACGAUGGUUGCUCUAGUUCAACCUGAGCUUCUGCAAAGACGAUGGUUGAUCUAGUUCAACCUGAGCUUCUGCAAAGACGAUGGUUGCUCUAGUUCAACCUGAGCUUCUGCAAAGACGAUGGUUGAUCUAGUUCAACCUGAGCUUCUGCAAUGACGAUGGUUGCUCUAGUUCAACCUGAGCUUCUGCAAAGACUAUGGUUGCUCUAGUUCAACCUGAGCUUCUGCAGCCACCUGUGGGAGGCCACCAAGGAACUGCUGUGUCACUGUUUUAUCCUCUGUAUACUCAUACUUGUAGAGCUCAACAUAGAACUCUACUGCCCUCUUUCUAAUUUCACUAGGGCUAGUGAGCUCCUGUCCAACAACUGAUUUGAGGCCAUUAAUAAUUCUUCUUUGUCCAUUCUUUUUUUCUCUAAACCGAAGAAAAAUGUGGAUGAGGCAUCGAUUUCAGAGAUUCCCUGAAAUGUACUUCUCACCAAUGUCCCCUGUACUCGGAUACCCAUCAGGUCUGCCAAUGUCCCCUGUACUCUGAUACCCAGCAGGUCUGCCAAUGUCCCCUGUGCUCUGAUACCCAGCAGGUCUGCCAAUGUCCCCUGUACUCUGAUACCCAGCAGGUCUGCCAAUGUCCCCUGUGCUCUGAUACCCAGCAGGUCUGCCAAUGUCCCCUGUACUCUGAUACCCAGCAGGUCUGCCAAUGUCCCCUGUACUCUGAUACCCAGCAGGCCUGCCAAUGUCCCCUGUACUCUGAUACCCAGCAGGUCUGCCAAUGUCCCCUGUACUCUGAUACCCAGCAGGUCUGCCAAUGUCCCCUGUACUCUGAUACCCAGCAGGUCUGCCAAUGAGUCUUUUUUCCUCUUGAGUGCUUGAAUAUGGCCUUGAUCUCCUGUGGUCUCAACCAACAUCAACAGUUCCACUAUUUCAGACUCUAGAGCGUUCAUUGAUCUGGUGAUGUUUCUGGUGACAUUCCUCGUAUAUUGAUUACAGAAUUGUUGAAUCUGGAUGUUCCCUAUAUCCUACCACUGUUGAAGAGAUACAACACUGUCCUCUUCAGACCUCCACCUCUCCCAGAAAAAAAAUAACUUGUACAAACAUACAAUCACCGACAAACACAUGAGGGGAAACAGAGGGUUAAAUACACAACAUGUAAUUGAUGGGAUUGGAACCAGGUGUGAUGGAAGACGAGACAAAACCAAUGGGAAAUGGAUCAGUGAUGGCAGAAGAUCGGUGACGUCGACCGCCGAAAACCGCUCGAUCUAGAAGAGGGGCUGACUUCGGCGGAAGUCGUGACACACUUGGGCCCAUGUAUAUUGUCUCGUGCCUCCAUUUUGAAAAUAAGGCGUUUUUAAAAAGUCCUUGAGGCUAUAUGAGGUUUUUGUGUUUUCUAUCUAAAUCACUGACUGUCCAGUUCAAAUCCACAGCAAGAAAUACAUCAUCCUCAGUAUUACAUUCCUCAAUGGUAUUUGAUAAUGUCUCUAAAAAACACCCUCUCAACUGCCACUACUGGGGCAUAUACAUUUAUUAAACCCAUAGGGAUGUUUUCAUAUAUCGCUCUAACUUUUCCCCUCAACGACCUCUUCAACCUCAUAUGAUUAAGGCAAAACUCCUUUUGAGAACAGGAUGGCCACACCCCCAGUCUAAGUCUUUAUGACUACACACCACUGCCCCCCUCCCCCCAACUCCACUCCUGUUGCCACACAACUUCAUUUUCCAUAUUACUAUGCAGAAAACGUAUGUCACUUCCCUUUCCCUUUAUUAACCAACACACUACGCCUCUUUUUUUCCAUCUCUUGCCCCAUUUACAUUUUAAAGAAGAAAUCUUACAACUGCUCAAGGCUGGGAAAAAAGCACAGGAAGAGACAGAAAACACAUCUCUUUAGAGUUAAGGCUGCGCCUGAACUCUUUCAUCUCCUUUAGAAUUUACCUCACUUGUCACUCUCGUGACCACUUUCUUUAGUCUAGCAAUUUCUGGUCAAACCUCCACCCGUUAUGUUGGACAUCAGAAACUUUGCUGAUUCAAUAAACCUUUCACUUUCAGGAAAAACACAUGUUACAUUAUAAUCCUGCAUAUCCUUUUCAAUCCCAUACCUCCGUUCCAUCCCAUUUCUCUCGCUAUUUUGUUGUGACGCAUCCGAUUCCUAGCUGUCAUCCCCAGAAGAAAACUCCACCCUCUCUACAACCUGUUUGUCCUCAACUGAUUUAUCAAUUUCUACUUCCUGUUUCUCCUCAACUGAUUUAUCAAUCUCUACCUUCCUGUUAGAAUUAGAACCUUCAUUCCCCCCCUUAAAUUCUUCCUCUUCCUCCUCGCUACUUUGCUUAAUUUUCCAUUACCCUCCCUCUCCUCUUGAAUUCCCAUUUCAUUCUCCAGCAUACCCUCAGCGACCUCAAUCACAGUCUCACCCCCUCUUCCUUGCUCUACCACAACUGCCCCCAUAGCCAUAUUGCUCUCCUUUCCUAUUUUCCCCACAUCUGCCCACCUUCUCCUGAAUCUUUAGCCUGUUCAUCCCUUCUCCUGAACCCUUAGCCUGUUCAUCCCUUCUCCUGAACCCGUAGGCUGUUCAUCCCUUCUCCUGAACCCGUAGGCUGUUCAUCCCUUCUCCUGAACCCGUAGCCUGUUCAUCCCUUCUCCUGAACCCGUAGCCUGUUCAUCUCUUCUCCUGAACCCGUAGCCUGUUCAUCCCUUCUCCUGAACCCGUAGCCUGUUCAUCCCUUCUCCUGAACCCGUAGCCUGUUCAUCCCUUCUCCUGAACCCGUAGCCUGUUCAUCCCUUCUCCUGAACCCGUAGCCUGUUCAUCCCUUCUCCUGAACCCGUAGCCUGUUCAUCUCUUCUCCUGAACCCGUAGCCUGUUCAUCUCUUCUCCUGAACCUGUAGCCUGUUCAUCCCUUCUCAGUGGUGCUUUAGCUGCUAUCCGGCUCUGUUCUCUGGACUCACCAAAUGCCCCUCUCUUCCACACCUAAAGCAUUUCAUUGAUUCAGUAGAAGCGUAGAACACAUAAUCAAACCCAUCAAUCUUGAAGCUGAACGCUAAAUUCAGUUGGUCAGUAUCCUUCUUUAAAUUCCUGUGCACUUGUCUCCUAUGAGAUACGACAUGUUUCAGCAAAGGAGAUUUGCAUCCAAAAAUAACCUUUAUUGUAUAUACAAGAUAACUCUCUCUCCGACACUUCAUCUCUAACGAAUGGAGGUGCGUUAGAGGUGCGUUAGAGGUGCGUUAGGAAGUAGAACUGUCUUUGCCGGACUCAUAAGAGGGAAUACCGACAUCUGUGUCUCCCUCAACUACCGGAUUCACCUUUUCAAUGGAAUCUAAGAAAAUGACUACAGCGCUACUCAUCCUUGAGGCUGAUUUUAUGCUGUCAUACCCAAUGAUAACACCCACUGCUAAACUACAUUCUUCCACCCAACAACCUGUCGCUGUGGGACUCUUCACCCCAAGCCGACUAGGUUUUUCAAACUGUAAACCUCCACGAGUGGCCAUUACAAUCAGCCCCUCCCGCUGGUUGCUCCCUCGAGAGAACCAACCUCAACGAUCCCACCACCCCUAUACAUACUUAGUGACAGUGAGACAAUAUCACCUUUAAAACAACUCAACUAAUCAAUAUAAAUAUACACUUACCGUUCAAUAGUUUCGGGUCACUUAGAAAUGUCCUU